GGAGUGCGAGAUCUCAACUGAAGUGUGAGUUUCAACAGUCAAAUAGUCUAAAAAGGCAUUUGCAGCAGAUUUGGAGGACUUUUUUUAACAGAAGAUAGAGGUUUAUUUUGGUGUUUUUGAAGGAAGUACUUUGAAGAUUUGCUCUUCUUUAAAAGCUACAGGAACAAAGUGUAUUUAUGGCAGUAGCUCAAUCAUGCCUUCAGAGAGAGUGGAGAACUUCAUGGAGAACAGUGAGAGAGAAUGAAGCAAAAACAAAAGGAGAAAACACAAAUGGUGAACAAGGAUGGAUGGAAAUGAGUGAAGAAGAGGAGGUACAGGGGAAUCUGGUGGGAGAUGACGACAGGGCAGAUAAAGAGAGUCCAAAGGAGCUGCAAGAAAGUAUACAAGAAAGUGAGGAGGCUGAGGAUGAUGAAGAAGAAUGUGAUGACCAUUUUCCUGUUAAAUCUACAAACAGUGGCAGCUUAGUUCCCAUGUGUACAAGUAAUGAUAAAUCCAUUGAUGAACAAAGCUCCAGUAAAUAUGACAACAACAAUUUUGAUGGCAAAGUAUGUAGUGAUAGUUGUCCUGUUACAUCUGCAAAUAGUGACCAUUUAGUUGCUGUGCUUACAAAUAAUGAUAAAAGUAGUGACAUAGAUGAUGAUAAAUAUGACAACAGCAGUAAUGAUGAUACUUUGAUGAGUUACUUUGAAGAUUCUGUUGCUGAAGAGUUUGACAUUUGGCCCAAGAAGAUAUACUCUGAUCCAGACUACCCAAGUUUGGUCUUUCAGGCUCUCAAAGGGAUGAUGCUCUGCUCUGUCCUCACUGACCUUACCCUGAGCACAGAGGAUGGGGAUACAUUCCAGUGUCAUUCUUUUGUCCUGGCUGCAGUCAGUACUCUCAUUAAGCAGAGGCUCAAGAAGAAGUCCAGAGAAGAGAGUGUAAUAUCUGUUUGUAUGGGUCCUGAGGUGCAUGGUGUGGGGCUGGCUGCAGUGGUGGAGUUUGCCUACACUGGGGCCAUCACCACAAUGAACAAGUACAACUUGGCACAGAUUCAGAUGGCAGCAGUCAGCCUGGGAGCUCCAAGAAUUCUGGAACUCUGCAAAGAGGAACAGAGAGAAAAACAAAAAGAGGACAAAGAAAGGGUUUCUGCUGAUGAGCAGAUGAAUGUUACUCUGCAGUAUUUAAGACAACUGUGGGCAGAGCGAGUGGGAUGUGAUGUUGAGCUUGAAGCAGAAGGAAGAGUUUUUCAUGCUCAUAGAGUGCUCUUGGCGGCUUGCUGUGACUACUUUAGAGGCAUGUUUUCCAGUGGUAUGAGGGAGAGCCAGCAAGAAUCAGUAUCUCUGCUGUUAGUUGGGGCAGCUGAGUUUGAGGCCCUUCUCCACUACGCCUACAGUGGGGUUCUUGCACUUGGAUGGAGCUGCAUUUUUGAACUCACUUGCACAUUUCUACAAUUACAGUUUCAGUUUGCCCUGUCACUCUGCCUUAUUUUUCUGCAGAAGGAAAUGGAUGCUUACAACUGCCUAGAUGUAGCAUCUUUUGCAGAGGCCUAUGGGAUGACCAACUUACUUGCACUUGCUGAAGAUUUUGUCUUGAGGCAUUUUCAAGAAGUGUCACUUACUCCAAAGUUCCAAGAUCUUCCUAAAGAGAAAUUAAAGAAGUACCUGCAAAGUGAUUCCCUCUGCGUUCCCUCAGAGUUGCCUGUGUUCAAAGCAGUUAUGUCUUGGAUUGCAGCCUUUCCCAAACAGCGUGCAAAACUUGCCAAGGAGCUGAUGGAAACUAUACAGUUUCCCCUCAUGACUUUUAAUGAAUUCAAAGAAGUCAAGUCCAUAACACAUUGGCCAACAACUUGUUCCAAAAACCUGUAUAAGUCUCUCCUAAAGCAGUUCUGCUCCAGUUCUUCAUAUGUCCAAAAUAACUUCAGGGCAUACCUGCCAAAAGACACUUUAGUAAUUGUUGGGGGUGAGAGAAUCACUGCUAAUUUCGAAAAACAUAAACCCUGCACAGAAAUGUGGUUUAGCAAUUCCUUUCAGAACCAUGUUGGGCUAGUGAAGAAAGUAGAGUGGAGAAUGUUGGGAAAUUUGCCUGAAAAUCCAACAUUCAGUCACGGAGUAGGGGUAUUGAGGGGGAAUAUGUACGUAGUUGGUGGACGGUAUUACUAUGGCAAAGCUGAUACCAUGAAAUGUGCCUACAGGUAUGAUCCUAUCCAGAACUCUUGGCAUAGAUUGGCUGAUAUGCAUGAGAGAAGAGGAAGUGUGACUCUGGUUGUCCUGAAUGAAAAAAUAUAUGCCAUUGGUGGAGAGAGAGACUCAGAGGUCAGUAUGGAGACUGUCGAGGUCUACUGCCCCAACACAAAUUCUUGGAGGUUUGUCUGCCCAUUAGACCAACCUCUGUGUUAUCAUGCAGCUAGUGUAUGGAAGGGCGCAAUCUUCAUAUCUGGAGGCUUGAACAGCCAGUGCCAAUGCCUGUUGUCCAUGAUCCUUUACCACCCAGAGAAAGGAUCCACCUAUCUGGCUGAGAUGAACCAUGACAGAUUCCAGCACUGCAUGGAGACCCUGGGAGACCAUCUGUAUGUGGCUGGAGGUGUCUCAUGUGGUGCCGGUGGCCACCAGAUGGAUCAGUUAUCCUGUGAGGUGUAUGACCCUGUGGCUAACUCCUGGAGUGCCAUUAUGUCAUUACCAAUACCUCAUGUAGGGUCAGCAUCAGUGGUCUUAGAAGGGAAGGUCUAUGUAAUCGGAGGGUACUGCCAAGAGUACUACAGAGAUAUCAAUUCAGUUCAUCGAUAUGAUCCUGCAACAGAAUGCUGGGAGAACAUGGGUGUGACACCAGGCCCAAACAUAUGCAUAGCUGCAUGUGUGCUGCACAUACCUUCUCACCUUAGACAGUAAGGGCUGCCUGCAAAGAGGUGCAAUGUAAAGAUCAAGUAGAAAAGGGUGUUUACUAGAACAUUUGGAAAUGUAUAAAGUAUUUGUAUUACAUUUGCUUGUGACUCAAAGAUUAUUCUUUUUUAAUUAUGUCACAUUUACACUCACUGAGCACUUUAUUAAGAACACCUGUACACCUACAUAUUCAUGCAAUUAUCUAAUCAGCCAAUCGUGUGGCAGCAGUGCAAUAUGGAAAACAUGUGAUUUCGACCACUGAAUGAUUGUUGGUGCCAAACCGGCUGGUUUGAGUAUUUCUUUAACUUCUGACCUCCUGGGAUUUUCACACACAACAGUCUCUAGAAUUUACUCAGAAUGGUCCCAAAAAUAACAACAACAAAAAAAUAAUCCAGUGAGUGGCAGUUAUGCAGACGGAAACACCUUGUUGAUGAGAUAGGUCAGUGUAGAAUGGCAAGACUGGUUCAAGCUGACUGAAAGGCUAUGGUAACUCAGAUAACCACUCUCUAUAAUUGUAGUGAGAAGUAUAGUAUCUCAGAACUUGUCAAACCUUGAGGCGUAUGGGCUACAACAGCAGAAAACAAUGUCAGGCACUUUAUGAGGACCAUUGUGUUCCUAAUAAAGUUCUCAGUGAGAGUAUGUUACUCAUUACGCAUGCAGUGAUUCUUUCCUGGAAAUCUUUUAAUUGGCAUUAUAUAGUACAUCUCUCCUACAAUAUUUUAUUAGUCACUAGUUUAGCUAAAUUUACAUAAAAUUGUUUGCUGCAUUUUGUCUGAUUUUCUUUUUACAUUUGUUUUGUAGAUUCAAAUGGUUUAAAUAUAUUGGAAAGUAGUUUCUUUUCACUUUGUGUGCAUUUGCCCUUUUAACACCCAUUCAUGUACUUAUUAGUGCAUAGCAUUAUUAUGUGGCGGGUGAUAAAGAGACAGACACAGUGGGUGUGGCAUAAAGCCUC